AUGUCUGCACUAAAGCCCAACCAACCCGAAACCCUUCUGGGGCUGAGUAUGGCCGAAGCGCGGAUGAUCAUCCUCGGUGUACUGAGUUCCGAUAAAUCUGGCAAAGUUGACUUUGAUAAGAUGGCCGUCAAGGGAGGCUACAAGAACGCUCAGUCUGCCAGUACUCUUUAUCACAAGGCCAAGCGUAGGCUUUUCGAUAUCCAUAAUAACCCGGCCGAUCAAGAAGCUGGUACCUCUAUCAGUCCUGCAAAGGAAUCCGGUUCCACCACUGCCACUCCCAAGAAAACUCCCGCAAAGCGUGGCAAAGACAAGGCUGUCGCCGAUGAUGACAACACUGGUGCUAUCGAGACUACUCCAACUCCUUCCAAGGGGAAGCGUCAGAAGACGGCAGCUACCCCCAAGACCCCGAAGACCCCUCGUUCUGCGCCGAAGGCUGUGAAGACAAAGGCUCCAAAGCCUGGAGGCGACACUACCCCCACUCCAGUCGAAGGCAAAGUCGCCGUGAAGAAGGAAGAACACGAUACGGAGCUCGAAAAAAGUACCGUCAAGGAGGAGUCGAAAUCUUCUGAUGACGAGAAACUUAUGAGUACCAGCCAGAUGAGUGCAGAGUUCUCUGUCAUGGGACAGUGUCCAGACUCUCCCAAGCAAAUGAGUCUGACUUGA